AUACAAAAACGCAGAACCGCCAGUCAAAAGUGUCACUUCACUUCUACUGAAUUUUUUUGACAAUCUUUUCAACUUCAAUUUUGAUUCAAACUUGUUCUUUACACUUCCCUUUCAUUUUUAACCGUAUUAAAAAACUCAAAUCUAUGUUUCUUCGUAUUUAAUGACAAAAUUUAUGAAUGUUCGGUUCAAUUUUUGUCAAAGAAUUUAGUAAGUUUGUUCUUCAUUUUGUUUAAUACCUUUAUUUUAUGCCCUUUAAUCUCAUCUUAACAAGCUCUUUUUGUUUUAAAUCUUAAUUUUGUAAGACAUGAUUCAAGAAUUUGGUUUAGAAUCAGCGAAUAUUGUGGUUGAGGAAUGAGGAGUGAUGGGUGUAAAUCAAAGAAAACGUAGAAUUCGUAGGGAAUUAAGGGAGUCAUCUGAAAGCGAAAGAGAAAGAGAAAGAGAAAGAGAAAGAGAAAGCGAAGACAGGAUUAGUAGUUUACCAGAUGAAGUAUUAGGCCGAGUUCUAUCUCUGCUCCCUACAAAGUAUGCUGUCGCCACUACUGUUCUUUCAUCUAAGUGGAACAACCUUUAUAAACUGUCUACUACUCUUGAUUUUGAUGAUUCAAUUUCUUUCAAUUCUCGAAAUGAUUUGGGAAAUGAACAACAGAAGGCUAGUUUUAAGAAGUUUGUAAAUGAGAUGUUAGCGCAAUGCAAGAUGUCGCAAAUUACUAAGUUUCGGCUUAAAUGUGGGCACUACUGUUACAAGAAUUGUUAUCUGUUAUAUGAUUGGAUUGAUACUGCUGCUUCUUUUCUUAAGGUUGCUGAACUUGAAGUAUCAAUAAACAUGGUGGAAUCUAGAGUUCCUUGGGGGCUAAAACUUCCUCAGUCCACAUGUGAGAAUUUGGUUGUGUUGAAGUUGGAUUGUCCAUUUAUACUGUGUGUUUUGAGUUCAGUAACAUUUCCUAGACUCAAAAUCCUCUACCUCAAUGGGAUUACAUUCGGGGGAAAUGGCUCAACCUGUUUUACUGCCCAUUUUAAUCCUAGUUCGGGUGAUGAUGGUCUUAACGGGUUAUUGUCUUGUUGUCCAUUGCUUCAAGAGUUGUUGAUACAAGGCUGUGAUUGGAAUGGAGGUGAUCUUAUCUUCACUAACCCUUUGCUUACAAGGUUGACACUUGAACUUGGAAGUGAAGGACUUUAUGACCAACUUAAUUGCUCUACGGUUUAUUUUAAUCUUCCGAGUUUGGUUUACUUUAACUACUCUGAGUGCUUAGCUGAUCAAUAUGAAAUCAGGGAUCUUAAAUCUGUGAUUGAGGCUAACAUAAAUGUUUGUUUUAAUGAUGAUGAAUUCGAGGAUCAACAAGAUCUUUGUGAUGCUAUUCUUGAUCUUAUCAUAGGGAUUCAUAGAUGUCAAUCCUUGAACUUGUCUCUUCAAUGCUUGGAGGCUCUUGCAAGUGGUGAUUGUGAUUUUCAACUGCCUAUCUUUUGCAAUCUGGCUAGACUAAGCCUUGCUUUUGGCCGCCAAGUUAGCUGGAAUGAUGUGCUCUUGGAUUUUCUGAAUAGCUCGCCCUGUCUGGAAUCUCUCACCUUGGAGUUGGAGGAGGGAUUCCUGAGAUGCAACUACAUUCUACAAUAUGAAGAGUUAUUGCCAGAUGGUGAAGAAGACGAUGACUUCUUAUUAAAUGAUGAAGCGGUGCCUCCAUGUGUUCAUUCCCGGUUGAAGUUUAUCAACUUCAAAGAUUUCAGAGGAUUUCCAGGAGAAAUGCAAAUGAUCAUGUAUUUCCUUGAGAAUGCUCAUCUUUUGAUGGAGAUGGUGAUACAUUGGCACCAAAAAAUAAGAAAAAGGGAUUCUAUUGUUAAACAAGAGGAAAUACUGAAGCUACCAAAGUUCUCCAAAUCCUGCUCAAUCACAUUUGAGUUAUGCACUUUCAACGAGUAAUGUGACAACUAAUUCCCGACAUAGUUGGUUUGAUUUUGUGGGAUUUUUCAUAUUUUGCGCGCUGUGAUCUAAUUUGAUUGGUGCAAGUGGUUGCCAUGUUUUGUCACAAAAGCAGUGCUUAAACAUUGUAACAACUUUCCAUGAUGCUGUGAGCCUAGAGUGGUUCAUGCCUUCAUCUUGAGUUGAUAUGAUGAGGUGGUUCGAAAUUUUGUUGUACUA